GCGUCAUCCCAAAUCGUUCGCUGGUUGGUCAACGUCGUACAGACAUCGGAAGUAGGCAGAAAAACUGAACAUGGGGACUCGUUUGAAGGUCCUAAGUGUGUUUAAAAAGCUGCACAGAACAAGAAUUGAUGUAUUCAGAGAUGAUGAAAGAGCUCUGACAGCUGCGAGAUUAAAGAUCAACGAGGAGUUCAAAAAAAACAAAAACGAGACGUCAGAGGAAAACAUUGAGAAGAUGAUUAAAAUGGGCUCAGAUGUGGAAACUGUUCUUCGUGAGGCGGUGCUUCAAGUGGAACAUGUUGCAGAAAACAAGCUCUUGCUUCGACCCAGAGAGGGCCUCCUUCUGGAAAAUGUACCCUAUUGUGAUGAACCCAGGAAAAAUUCAUGACCAUUCUUAUUUAUUCAUUUUGUGUGAGAUAUUCAUCCAUCACUUCCAUCUGCAGUUUAAUGGAUAUAACAAAACAGCGUUUUAAGCAUUCUGGCUUAAAAAAAAACUGCUGUAAACCUGAUGCAAUAAUUUAUGUACAGUAUUUUAUCAGUUAUAAAAUGUGCUCUGCUGAUGCUAUUAGUUGCUUGUAAUUAAGGCCGGCUGAUGCAAAAUUAUAUUGCUGAUUCUGGAAAAAGACAAUUGAUGCUUGGACCCUUGGUUCUUUGUUACAAGCUGUAUGGAAUAUGUUUUCUAAAUAAAGAGAUCUAAUUUUA